GAGAGAGAGAGAGAGAGACACAAAGACUGAGCAGGAGAGGGGCAGAGUGGGAGACAGAACCUGAAGCAGGCUCCAGGCUCUGAGCUGUCAGCACAGAGAGCCCGGACACAGGGCUCGAACUCACAGACCACGAGAUCACGACCUGCGCCGAAGUUGGAUGCUUAACUGAUCGAGCCACCGAGGCGCCCCUGUCUGUUUUAACUAUUUUUAAGUGUACAGUUCAGUGGCAUUAAAUACACUGAGGUUGUGCAACCAUCACCACCAUCCAUCUCUAGAACUCUUCAUUUUCCAAAUUGAAACUUUGUACUCAUUGAGCCAUGGCUACCCAUUCUCCUCUCCCCCAGUCCUUGGCAACCACAACCUAAUUUUGUUUUACCUUCUGUUGCACUAUAAUUUCAUACAUAAAAAUGCAUAUACCACAAGUACACUGGCAACCAAAAAACAGGAUGAGGAAGGGAGUAUUUGUAAGUGUUAAUAUGGAGGCUCUGUUUUUCUUUGCAGAGCAAGUUGCCAGCUCUAAUAGUACAGAUUUACUUUCUCUUAACUGUCACAUUAUUUCAGUUGAUAAUUUUCUGUUGACUGGCUGGGGACUAGCUCAGAGCUAGCAAGUGUCACCCAGAGCAUAAUAAAGCACUGUGUAGUAAUGCGUCACAAGACUGUUUUUGCAUAGAGCUUAGCCAAGACUUUUGGAACCGCCCUCAGUUGCACCUUGUGCUAUAUUAGUACUUCUCAGACAGGAAGAAUUUUCUUUCGCUGGUGUAGCUGGUCCGGUUACAUUCAGGUGUAUAUCCAAGCCCUGCAUCCCUGGAUAUUGCUUACCACCUAUGCUGUUGUUCUAGGACAAAUUCAAGGACAGAAGAACUCAGAGUACCCUUAGGAAGAUUGGAUAACCAAGAAAUGCCUAAUCAAGACUCUGCUGUGCAUGUGAAAAUGAUGCCAGAAUUCCAGAGAAGUUCAGUUCGAAUCAAGAACCCAGCAAAAGUAGAAGAAAUUAUCUGCGGUCUUAUUAAGGGAGGAGCUGCCAAACUUCAGAUAAUAACAGACUUUGAUAUGACACUGAGUAGAUUUUCCUACGAAGGGAAAAGAUGCCCAACAUGUCAUUAUGUCAUUGACAACAGUAAGCUGGUUACAGAUGAAUGUCGGAAAAAGUUAAUGCAACUAAAGGAAAAAUAUUAUGCUAUUGAAAUUGAUCCUGUUCUUACCAUGGAAGAGAAGUACCCCUAUAUGGUAGAAUGGUAUACUAAAGCACAUGGCUUGCUUAUUGAACAGGCUUUACCAAAAGCUAAACUUAAAGAAAUCGUGGCAGAAUCUGAUGUUAUGCUCAAACUUGGGGUGCCUGGCUGGCUCAGUGGGAAGAAUGUGCGACUCCUGAUCUUGGGAUUGGAAGGGUAUGAGAAUUUCUUUGAUAAGCUCCAACAAUACGGUAUCCCUGUGUUCAUAUUUUCGGCUGGUAUCGGUGAUAUACUAGAGGAGGUGAUCCAUCAAGCUGGCGUUUAUCACCCAAACAUCACAGUAGUGUCCAACUUCAUGGAUUUUGAUGACAAUGGGGUGCUCAAAGGAUUUAAAGGCGAACUAAUUCAUGUAUUUAACAAACAUGAUGGCGCCUUGAAGAACACAGAAUAUUUCAAUCGGCUAAAAGAUAAUAGCAAUAUAAUUCUGCUGGGAGAUUCCCAAGGAGAUAUAAGAAUGGCAGAUGGAGUAGCCAAUGUUGAACACAUCCUGAAAAUUGGAUAUCUAAAUGAUAGAGUGGAUGAGCUUUUAGAAAAGUACAUGGACUCUUACGAUAUUGUUCUAGUAAAAGAUGAAUCACUGGACGUAGCCAACUCUAUCUUACAGAAGAUUCUAUAAACAAGCAUUCUUCAAGAAGACCUCUGUGCUGUGGGUGCAAUUGAUGCAGGAACUGCUCACCUGUUCAUCUUGCUGAAAGACUUCUAUUUAUAAUACAUUCUUGCUCUUGAAGUUUUUUCUCUACGUUACUGAGGUAUUUUCAGACAUAUUGAAUCCAUCAACUGGAAACUCCUUUUUUCCUCACCUCUCUCAACACACUCAACUAUAUUUUUUAACAGUUAAAAAAAAAAAAAAAAAAAACCUUAAAGGUAAAAUUUGAAAAAUAACUCCAUGAAUUAAUUCCCAGAGUGAAUUUUGUAGUUUAAUGUUAUCAUGAGGUUUUUGAGGAAACUUUUUACUCUGGGAAAAAAGUCUGUAUAAGUUUAAAAAGAAGUUUUAUGAAAUGGUGAAAUAAUGUGCAUGAUUUUAAGUGUUGCUGUUUUUGUCAUGUGGGUGAAUUAUGCUGAUGAUAUCACCAUCUCCUGAAAUUGUA